AUGCGAGACUCUGCCAUCCUAAGACUUGAGGCUUUUCAAGUCACCAUCACCGAAGUUACUCAACACAAUAUACAGAACACCACUACAACAUCAGCCAACUGUGCUCCCAUGACUCCAACAGGAUCUCCACCCAAGGAGAUCUAUUUGUUCUGGGCAUUUCUACAAAGGAAAUAUGACCCCCCCAAGGGUGGUACCCAUGCCGGUUGCAAUGGCACCAGCUUCUGCGUCCGUCGUUGUUCCUCCCUCCAUCCCCUCUUCCACCAAACUCCUCAAGUCCCCGAGGGGAGAGAACCUCUCGUCUUCGGACGAGGACAAGGGACUGUCGAGCCCUUCCGCGCCCGAACAAACUCCACUUGCUCUCUCCCUGAUACUGCCGGAACACCUGGGGCCUUCAAAACAAGCCAAUCACAUGCGAGUCUCCAAGCAAUUGAGGAGAUGGAGGGUCAUGGAAAGAUGUUGGCAAAGUCUCUUAGCUGUUCAGGCCAUGAAUAA